GGUUUGCUUAUUUUUUGCGGAAUAAUUAAUAAAAUUGUGAAAUUGCCAGUGCCAGAAUUGCAAGGGGAACCGGAAGAAAUAUCGAAAGAAAAGGCUCGCUUAGCUGCGACUCAGGUUAACGGGCCGGUACUCGUGGAGGACACUUGUCUAUGUUUUAAUGCUCUUAAGGGUCUCCCAGGCCCUUACAUAAAGUGGUUUCUUCAGAAGAUCGGGCAUGAAGGUUUGAACAAUAUAUUGAAGGCUUAUGAAGACAAAUCAGCUUAUGCUAUGUGCAUAUUUUCUCUUGCUCUUGGACCGACCAGUGAACCGAUUACGUUUGUGGGGAAAACAGAGGGCAAAAUUGUACCUCCCAGAGGCCCUGCCGAUUUUGGCUGGGAUCCAAUUUUUGAACCGGAUGGAUACGAGCAAACCUAUGCUGAGAUGCCAAAGGAAGAGAAGAAUAAGAUCUCCCACCGCUCGAAAGCCCUCGCGAUGGUGAAAGCGCACUUUGCGACUGCUGACUAUGUCUUUCAGAUAUAUGUAUCAGAUUUUUCUUUACUUAGUUGAGGAUACGAAUGCGAUAGAAUAUCGGCAACUUGUUUAGCUCAUUGAUCAGGCAUUACACUUAUACAUUUGCGAAUUGAUAUGCUAGUUAGGAAACUGUAAUUGUUUUGAUCUUUCUGAUAACAAGUAAUUAUGAGAUUAUUAUCAGAGUGUUAUUACAUUGUUUGGACACCCGUUGCAUUCGCUUUGAGCCAUUACUGCAUAAUAAAAAUUGUUCAUGUGGGUUUCUUGGU